GUCCCCAAGAGGGACACUGUGCUGUGCUGUGCUAAGUAGCUGCAGUUGUGUCCGGCGUUGGAAGCUCGGAACCCUAACCCCUGGACAACCAGAGAAGUCUAGUUACUGCAGUAUUUUGAAAAGUCAGAAUGGGUGCCCCAGAGUUCAUGGUGAACAAUAUAUCCAAGCUUUAAGUGAAGACAGAAUCUGAGAUCGUACAUCUUACUUCAAUGUUCUCACAUGAAGCCUGUUCCUGAUGGGAGGGUCCCCAGAGGGUCCCACCCUUGUCUCCCUGCUCCUGGGCUAACCUUCUGAAAUCCCCUGGGGGUUCUUGGCUCUUUCCAGCUCAAGCAGGGAGGUGGCCCUGUGUCCAGCCUGUCCCACAGGGUUCCACGGCAUCCAGCAGUCAUUUUGCUUCUCCCUGGGCAUCCCAGGUCCUCGGAGAAUGUCCUCAGUGGGGGAUGUCCGCCCAAAAACCUGGGUGUCUGCCUCUUCGUGGCCUGGAGCUUGGAGUGCGGCUGGCGGGGGGCGGGGUCCCCAUCUCGGUAGUUGAUGAGUGAUCCAGUGUCGCCCGGGUCUGUCAGUCUGUCUUGCUUAGUGCCCCCCCCCAUUCCGCCUCUCUGUUGUCUCUCUCGCUGUCAUCACCGCCCUCCCCGGGGGCUCCCCCUCCUCGCUGAAGCCGGAAGGAAGGCUUUGCUGGGAAAGGCCAUGGGGUCACCACUUCUCCCUUCUGUGGCCUCCUCUCUCUGCCCCCACUUAAGGGGCCUUCCGCACUCGAAACUGGGGGUGGCUGGAGAAGGGACUGGGGGCUCCUCCUCCAGGGCCCCAGGAACUGGGCGGUGAGUCAGACAGGGAAGGGGAAGUAGGGGGCCUCCAAAGGGGGCUGGGCUUUCCCCUGGGUGGGACCCGAGUCCCCUGCCUCCCUGAGGGUGCUCCGGGCCCCAGCCCCUGAGCGCAGAGCCUGCCGGAGCCAUGGCCCUGAGACUCGUCCUGGCCUUUGCCGUCAGCCUCUGGGUGGGCUGCUCACUCUGUCGCGAGAGAGAAGGCCACCCAUUAGCUUCCUCCCAGCCCAGGGUGCGGUGCCAGGCCUCCAGGUACCCGGUCGCUGUGGACUGCUCCUGGACUCUGCCACCCACUCCUCCGAACUCCACCAGGCCCACAUCAUUCAUUGCCACGUACAGGCUCGGUGUGGCAGCCCACGGGGAAAGCUGGCCCUGCCUCCAGCCGACACCAGAAGCCACCAGCUGUGUCAUCCCUGACGUCCAGAUGUUCUCCAUGGUGCCCUAUGUGCUCAACAUCACAGCUGUCCACCCCAGCGGUGUCAGCAGCAGCUUCAUGCCCUUUGUCCCAGAGCACAUCAUCAAACCGGACCCUCCAGAAGGUGUGCGCCUGAGCCCCCUCCCUGGGCAGCGGCUGUGGGUGCAAUGGGAGCCCCCCCGGACCUGGCCCUUCCCGGAGAUCUUCUCCCUCAAGUACCGGAUCCGCUACAAGCGUCACGGGGCUGCCCGCUUCCGUCAGGUGGGGCCAAUUGAAGCCACAUCCUUCACCGUCAAGGCUGUGAGGCCUCAAGCCAAGUACUGCAUCCAGGUGGCUGCUCAGGACCUCACUGACUACGGGGAAUGGAGUGCCUGGAGUCUCCCUGCUGCUGCCUCCAUGACCCUGGGCAAGUAGCAGGGGCUCCCCGCACCCCUGAAGAGGGGCCAUGCCCUUGACAUCCACCUAAGGGUGGAUGGGACCUAUCCAGCCUGGGUUCACCACAGUCGAGUUGCUGGGCUAUCUUGGACAAGUGAUUUUGCCUUUCUGGGCCUCAGUUUGUCAAUCUGUGAAAUGGGAAUGUGUUCCCUCCUUCCUUUGACAGAGUGCAAUGCUUUGAGAAUGCUGUGAAUAUGAGAUUUUUUAAUUGUUUAAUUAGAAAGGAUCAGUGUCACUAGGA